AUCUCACUGCACAGUCUUGUGAGAGUUUGUCUUCAGUUUUACAAUCCUCAAACACUGUCCUGAGAGAACUGGACCUGAGUAGCAAUGAUCUGCAGGAUUCAGGAGUGAAGCUGCUCUCUGAAGGACUGAAGAGUCCAAACUCAAAGCUGGAGAUUUUAAGAUUUUCCAUAUGUAAUCUCACUACACAGUCUUGUGAGAGUUUGUCUUCAGUUUUACAAUCCUCAAACUCUGUCCUGAGAGAACUGGACCUGAGUAGCAAUGACCUGCAGGAUUCAGGAGUGAAGCUGCUUUCUGAAGGACUGAAGAGUUUAAACUCCAAGCUGGAGACAAUGAGGUUGUCUGGCUGCAUGGUGACAGAGGAAGGCUGUAAUUAUUUGUCUUCAGCUCUGACUUCAAACCCCUCACACCUGAAAGAGCUGGAUCUGAGCUACAAUCAUCCUGGAGAUUCAGGAGUGAAGCUGCUCUCUGAAAAACUGGAGGAUCCAAACUGCUCACUGAAUAAACUCAACAUUGAUCAUGGAGGAGAAUCCAGGAUUACAACAGGACUGAAGAAAUAUGAGUGUUUUCUCACACUGGAUCCAAACACAGCACACACUAAACUCAGACUGUCUGAGGACAACAGAAGAGUAACAUUUGUGUUUGAGUCUCAGCCAUAUCCUGAUCAUCCAGACAGAUUUAAAAUGUCUCAGGUGUUGUGUGGAGAGAGUGUGUGGACGCUGUUACUGGGAGACUGAGUGGAGUGGGUUUGUGGAUAUAUCGGUGUCAUAUAAGAACAUCAGCAGAAGGAGAGGUGAUGAGUGUGUGUUUGGACGUAAUGAUCAGUCCUGGAGUUUGAUCUGCUCUCGCUACAGUUACUCAUUCAUACACAAUAACAGAGAGACUAAUUUCUCUGUGAAGCCCAUCAUCAUCAGCAGAAGACCAGAAGUGUAUGGUAAUGAUAAUAUCUAUAGAACAGGAGUGUAUUUGGAUGAGAGCGCAGGGAUUCUGUCGCUUCUACAGCGUCUCUGACACAAUGAGACUCAUCCACACAGUCCAGACCACAUUCACUCAGACACUCUGUCCUGGGUUUUAUCUUUUUUUUGGAUCAUCAGUGAAACUAUGUUGAUGAAUCAGAAGAGACUGAGCAGAGAUUCUACCCAUAAUGCUUUGAGCAUGAUUGAUGAAGAACAUGUAAUCAAUUUCUGUUAUUUUUGUAUAGAAAUACAAAUACUAAAAAAAAAAAAGAUAAAUCGACUUGAUAUCAGAUUUUAAUCAAUGUUUGUAUCAUGAAUAUAACUGAUUUUUGACAAGAAUGAAAUGAGCUUCUGGCUUUAUAAAAUAUUAAAUUAUAAAUUAACCUA